AUGGCAAGCAAGUGUGCCGAGGGACGAAUCAUGAACAGAAGAAUUGCCAGAGACUCUUUCUUUGAUGGACUUCUAAAAAUUGGAGUAAGAUUUAGCAUCAGCAUGGUGACGUUGACGGAAAAGGAGGCUGACGCAAUUUUUGAUAUGAUCGACAUUAACAAAUCUAGUGACAUUGACAUCAUUGAAUGGAGUCAGUUUCUUACUCCACAAUUGGAACUAACGAAGUUAUUCCAAGCUAGUCCAAAAGGAAGUUCUCGCAAAGCUGUUAUCUCCGUUCUGAAUGAUCGCGAGUUGGAACAAAUGGACAACAUGCGUAAAAGACUACAUACAUUAGCUAAGAGAGCGAUGGAACAAAACGUAAGAUUGAUGGUUGAUGCUGAACAGACGUAUUUUCAACCAGCCAUCAGUCGGCUGACACUUGACAUGCAGCGUUUGUACAACAAAGAGAAACCAAUCAUCUUGAAUACUUAUCAAUGUUACCUAAAGGACUCGUAUAACUGUGUGGAAACAGACAUGGAAUUGGCUCGAAGGGAACGCUUCAAAUUCGGUGCGAAAGUCGUUCGGGGGGCGUACAUGGAGCAAGAAAGAGCCCGCGCUCAGGAGAUGAAUUACGAGGACCCAAUACAUCCAGAUUACGAAGUUACCUGCGAAAAUUAUGACAGAGUCGUGAACUUAAUUUUAAAUGAAGUUAAAAGAUCAGGAGCUAAUUUGGUUGUCGCCAGCCACAACGAGGAGUCGGUCAGGAAUACAUUACAAAGGAUGAAGGAAUUGUCUAUUCUACAUGGAGAGGGGACUGUCUACUUCGCUCAAUUAUUGGGGAUGUGUGAUCAAGUGUCAUUUAUGUUAGGUCGACAUGGUUGUAAUGUAUAUAAGUACGUGCCAUAUGGUUCGGUUUCCGAUGUCCUUCCUUACUUAUCACGACGAGCGGCCGAAAACCGUGGUCUUCUUGAUGGCGUCUUCAAAGAACGCAGUCUGUUAUGGAGUGAACUCAAACGACGUUUCCGCGAAGGAUAA